AGAUCCCCGUCUCGGCUAGUCCCGUCCCGUUCAUUCCCCCCCGUCUCUGUUCCCAGGAGGAAGGAUGAGGCCCCUGCUCUGCUGCCUGGGGCUGGCCGCACUCCUGGGGCCCUGCCUGGCCUGCCCCAGUGCCUGCUCCUGCUCCACCAAGAAGAACGGGCGGAUGUUGGCCGAGUGCGCCUACAAGGAUCUCCAGGAGGUACCCGAGGGGUUGUCCUCCAACGUGACCAUCCUCACCUUGUCGGCCAACAGAAUCAGCUGGUUGGGGCAGGGCUCCUUCGCUGAGGUUCCUGAAGUGCAGUCGCUGUGGCUGGGCUACAACCAGAUCGGGGUGGUGGAACCGGGGGCUUUCGCCUUGUUGGUGCACCUGAAGAACCUGGACCUGAGCCACAACAAGAUUGCAGAUUUCCCCUGGCAGGACCUCCGUAACCUCAGCAGUCUGCAGAUCCUGAAGAUGAACAACAACCGCCUGGCCGGGCUGCCCCGGGACGCCUUCCGCUCCUUGAAGGACCUGCGCUCCCUCUGGCUCAACGACAACGAGUUGACCACCUUGGCCGAGGGUACCUUUGACAACCUGCCCUCCCUGUCCCAGCUGCAGAUCUUCAACAACCCCUUCAACUGCUCCUGCAAGGUCUUCUGGCUGAAGAAGUGGACUGAGAACACCUCCGUCUCCAUCACCAAGGGGGGGUCUACCCUGUGUGUGGCUCCCGGCAGGCUGAAGGGCAGGGCAGUGACGGACAUCCCUGACCACCACUGCGUUGCCCCCUCCGUGCAGCUCACCUACCUCUCCAACCUGGACAACACCGUCACAUACGAUGGCCUCACCCUGACCCUACACUGCAGCGUGGCGGGCAGCCCGCUGCCGGAGAUCAGGUGGAAGAUCCAGACCUCCAGCCGCCGCGUCGAGAUCAACGGGCCCAACGUGGCACGGGAUGGAAACGUCAAGCAGAGCCAAGAGCGCUUCUUGGUCUUCAAGAACGGCACCAUGGCCAUCCCGAACUUCAGCAAGGAGGAUGAAGGCAUCUACACCUGCCUCGCUGUCAACGAUGUGGGCACGCGGGAUGUCUCGGUCAACGUGGCCUUGGCUGGGUCGGAGAAUCCAGCUGAAGACCUGCUCCGAGAUGACCCCCAAGCCAGCCACCUUGGGGGUCAGAGCUGCUACAAGGGGAAUGAAAUGGAUCCCUCCGGUGCCGGAGAAAAGCUGGUGAUCGUUUACCACAUGCCGAGGGAGUCGAAGAGCAGGGCUGGAGCAGCGGUGCCCCAGGUCCACCUGGGGACCCUCCUGCUGGCUUUGGGCAUCGUGCUCUGCUGUUAAAGGGGGGAGAAGGAAACGGUGCCUUGGGGGUUCCCCCUCUUUCUGUAGCAUUUAUCUUCACGUAGUGCCAUGCCUUUGCUGAGCUUCUGGGAACUGUGGGUGGUCAGGAGUCAAAGGGGGCCAAGACUCAGGCCCAGGGCUGGUAGUUCAACCCCUCCUUAGAUGGGGGUCAGGGCUGGGCUCCGUUAGUUGAGAGCUUCAAACAAGCUCGGGUGAUGUAGGGCAGAUCCUCACCGUGCUGCCGCUUUCCAGGCGUCCAAAUCUGCCACCUCCUGACUUAACUCCCUCCUGAGACCAAAGUGCGGCUGCAGGAUUAAAGUCCACCCUCAACAGGGCGGCCAUCACCCAUCCCCAGAGCCCACCACCACAAGCCCUCCUCCACCCGCAGCAGUGAGUUGUGACCAGGGAGGGGAUCUCUCGCAAAGAGGAUCCCAUUGGUCCAGUGGCACCAAAGAUGCCAUCCCCACCGUGACCAGUGCCCAGGCCCUUGGCCGGGCACAUCCUUCCUACCACCAACCUCACGUGAAGCACCAGGAGCAGAAGGACCAGUCUGAGAGUGGGGGAAUAGCCUGGGCACGGGGUCCCAGGGCACGUGGCUCUGCGGGACAGAGAUACGAUGGUGCUUUGUAAGCAGG